ACAGGGCAAAAGCAGCCGCUCGCAACGACGUCGUUCCAAUCCGGAAACAGGGCCUCUACUCUUUCGCGAGUCUGAGCUACUAAGCACGAACCAGUACGAAGAUUUAAUUUUGGAUUCAAAAGCCUCUUCGGAAAUUUUCAUUUUCCUGAGAGAGAGAAAAGAAGUAGCAAACACAGUGAUCAGUAGAAAAUGUCAGUGCAAGAGUAUCUCGACAAGCACAUGCUUUCUCGCAAAAUCGAAGACGCCGUCAAUGCUGCUGUUAGGGCCAAGACUUCCGAUCCCGUUCUCUUCAUCUCGAACCAUAUGAAGAAAGCGGUUUCAUCCGUGAUCACGAAGGUGAAGGCGAGGCAGAUUCUUGAUAGCAGGGGAAUUCCUACUGUUGAAGUGGAUUUGUACACCAAUAAAGGAAUGUUCCGUGCUUCAGUUCCUAGUGGUACUCCUAUUGGAAUGUAUGAAGCUGUUGAAUUACGGGAUGGGGACAAGGGAACAUAUCUUGGAAAUGGUGUGACCAGAGCUGUUAGGAAUGUCAAUGAAAAAAUAUCUGAAGCUUUGAUUGGUAUGGAUCCUACACUUCAGUCCCAAAUUGAUCAAGUAAUGAUAGACCUGGACAAAACUGAAAAGAAGGGUGAACUUGGAGCAAAUGCUAUUUUAGCUGUAUCAAUUGCUGCUUGCAAAGCUGGAGCUGCUGAAAAAGAGGUUCCACUUUACAAGCACAUUGCUGAUCUUUCCGGCCAUAGCAACCUGUUUCUUCCUGUUCCUGCCUUCACAGUUAUAAGUGGCGGAAAACAUGCUGGGAAUACUUUGGCAGCUCAGGAAAUUAUGAUUCUCCCAAUUGGAGCAACUAGAUUCGAGGAGGCAUUGCAAAUGGGCUCUGAGACCUAUCAUCACUUAAAGGCUGUUAUUACAGAAAAAUAUGGUGCCCAUGGGUGUCAUGUUGGUGAGGAUGGUGGGCUUGCUCCAAACAUCUCCAGCAUUAGAGAAGGUUUGGAUCUAGUAAAAGAAGCUAUCGGCAGAACAGGAUAUAAUGAGAAAAUAAAGAUUGCAAUCGAUGUUGCUGCUACUGAUUUCUGCAUAGGUGCGAAGUAUGAUUUGGACUUCAAAUCCCCAAACAAAUCAGGGCAAAAUUUUAAGUCAGGAGAGGAUAUGAUUGAGAUGUACAAAGAACUUUGUAAUGACUACCCAAUUGUAUCAAUUGAAGAUCCAUUUGACAAAGAGGACUGGGAACAUAUCAGGAAUUUUUGUGGUCUUGGAAUUUGCCAGGUUGUCGGCGAUGACUUGUUGAUGUCAAAUCCUAAACGUAUUGACAGAGCAAAACGUGAAUCCACUUGCAAUGCUCUUCUUCUCAAGGUGAAUCAGGUUGGAACUUUGACCGAAGCGAUCGAAGUGGUGAAGCUGGCAAAGGAUGCCCAUUGGGGAGUGGUGACAUCUCAUAGAUGUGGAGAAACAGAAGAUUCUUUUUUAGCCGAUCUAUCUGUUGGCCUUGCUACUGGUCAGAUCAAAGCAGGUGCACCUUGCAGAGGAGAGCGGCUUGCAAAGUACAACCAGUUGAUUCGGAUUGAAGAAGAGCUUGGGGAUCAGGCGGUUUAUGCUGGCGAAGAUUGGAGACAGUCGUGAUCGUUCUUUCGAGGUCUUUAUACCCACAUUUCUUCCCUUCUGGUUCCUUUUUGAAUAUGUGAAGCUAUACUCAGCAACUAGGUCAUUCCAGAUUCCAAUGCAAAGUUUUGCAUCCCUUCCCUUUUUUUUCCUUUUUGAUUUAAUUAAUGAUUGUUUUCCUCUGGUAAUAGAGAGACAUGUCCGAGGUGUGUUGAACAGAGUUGUCUGUUUUUAUGAUGGAUGGGAUUUGUAGUUUUUCUAUAUUGGCAAUACUAGGAAUUUGUAACCGAAUUUCCAAAAUUUCAAUGGAUGAUCAUAUAGAGAAAAUUCCAGACCCUGAAAUUAUUUCGGUUUGGAUGAA